ACUUUGUUAUUGCGAAACUUUGUUUAUUACCACUCUAUGCAAAAUUAUUACCUCUUCAUAAAGGUGGAAUGGUGAAUGUAAAUUAUUUCGUUUAUUAGUUAUCACGAGGUCAGUUGGUGAUAUUGUCAACCAAGGGACCAAGUUAUUUUCCAAAUAAAAAUGUUAGGUUAAAAAAUACAAAAGUAUAAGCACAAAUAAAUAAAUAAUCUUAUCAGCAAUGAGGUGAUAAAAUCCAACGCGGCUUCAGUUGUGUAAUCAAAAUAUCCCUAUGUGGAAUUGUCUGUGAUCGUCAACAUGAGAAGAAAUUUAAAAACUUUAUUAAAAUAUAUUUUAUUAUCAUCCGUGACUGUAGUGUUUACUGUGUUAAUUUAUAGGAUAUUUAAAACUAGAACUUAUCGUAUAGACAGUCGUGUUUAUUUUGGUAUUAAUAAUGGUAUUGAACCAAUUGCUCCUGAGGCAAUAGUUUUGGUAGACAAUGAAAAGAUUGACUGGCAUGAUUAUGAGCGAAUAAAAAGAGAUGCUUCAAGAACAGGUAGGGGAGAACAGGGCAAAGCGGCUUAUUUGGAUAAUUCUGAGACUGCACAAUAUGACGCUUUGUACAAAGUUAACGGAUUCAACGCUCUUCUUAGCGAUAAGAUUGCACUAGAUAGAGCCGUACCUGAUAUUAGACAUGUAGGAUGUAAAUCUAAGAAAUAUCUCAAGAACCUUCCCACCGUUAGUGUUAUUGUACCAUUUCAUAACGAACAUUGGACAACAUUGUUAAGGACAGCUGUAAGUGUAAUUAAUAGAUCGCCGCCUCAUCUUUUGAAGGAAAUUAUUCUAGUCGACGAUUUUAGUUCAAAACCUUUCACGAAAAAACCUUUGGACGAUUAUUUGGCAGCAAAUUUAACAAAAGUGAGAACGAUACAUUUGCCCGAAAGAAGUGGACUAAUCAGAGCAAGAUUAGCAGGUGCCCGUGAAGCCACAGCUGAUGUAUUAAUUUUUUUGGAUUCUCAUACAGAAGCCAAUGUUAACUGGUUACCUCCACUAUUAGGUAUAUUUCUCGAACAUAAAUACCAUAUUCAUAUACUGAUAUUAUUAGCCUCUUCUUCUCCUAAUAUAAAGAAAUAUUCUUCAGAACCAAUUGCUCAAGAUUACAAGACUUGCGUAUGUCCCUUUAUCGACGUGAUAGCUUAUGAAACAUUUGAAUACAGAGCUCAAGAUGAAGGUGCCAGAGGUGCAUUCGAUUGGGAAUUUUUUUAUAAGAGAUUACCUCUUCUUCCUGAAGACCUCAAAAGACCUACUGAGCCUUUCAAGAGCCCAGUAAUGGCUGGAGGGCUGUUUGCCAUAAGUAGAAAAUUCUUUUGGGAAUUGGGCGGAUACGAUGAAGGUUUGGAUAUUUGGGGUGGUGAACAAUAUGAGCUUAGUUUCAAAAUUUGGCAAUGUGGUGGACAAAUGUAUGAUGCUCCUUGUUCAAGAGUUGGUCAUAUUUAUAGAAAGUUCGCUCCUUUUCCGAAUCCAGGUAAAGGUGAUUUUGUUGGAAGGAAUUACAGAAGAGUAGCAGAGGUGUGGAUGGACGAAUACGCCGAAUACCUUUAUAAGAGACGACCGCAUUAUAAAAAUAUCGAUCCAGGAGAUCUAAGCGCACAACGUGCUAUUCGAAAAAAUUUAAAAUGUAAACCGUUCAAAUGGUUUAUGGAAACUAUAGCUUUCGAUUUGCCCUUGAGAUAUCCCCCAAUAGAACCCGACGAUUUUGGAUAUGGAGAGAUACGUAAUGUUGGUGUUCCCGAACUUUGCGUCGAUUCUUCUAAGAAACAAAAAAACGACGUGGUAGGUGUAGCUGCUUGCGUAAAAGGUACUGCUCGUGCUGGUAGUCAGAGUUUCACUUUGACUUGGCACAAAGAUUUGAGAAUAACAAAACGAACUGAUUGUUUAGAUGUAUCGGACCCCAAUGAUAAGGCUGAAAUAACACUAUACAGUUGUCAUGGUAUGAAAGGUAAUCAAUAUUGGAAAUAUGAUGUGGAGAAACAGUGGUUCAUACACGGAGGUAAUCCGAGAUGUUUGGAUAUUGAUCCUGGUAAAUUGAAAUUGUACGUAACAACUUGUGACGAAAAUUCCAUUACACAAAAAUGGCGAUUCGAAAACGUCAACCUAACGAUGAUUGCGGAUUGGGAUAAUAUAGGCGUAAAACAAUGAAAAAAAUUAUUCAUAUUUGGUAUAAAAGUAUAUACAUUGCAACUUCAAUAUAACAAAUCGGAAAGGAACAAGUAAAUAUUCAUUAUAUCAAGUAAUUAGUUAAAUUCAGGUUUGUUAUGUUGAGGUUAGGUUAUAUAAAAUUUGUUAUAAAGAGGUGAAAAAUUAGUUUCAUUCGCCUGACUGUAUGUAUUUUCUAAUUAAAAAUAAUUCGAUGAGUGAC